AUGACUUUUAAUCGCAUUGCAGUCUAUGGUCACCGGGGAUGGGCUAGUUCCGAAAUCGUCGGAGCACUUGCUAGCUCAGGUGCUCCCCUUCGGGUCCUCCAUCGUCCUGGCUCCGACACCUCAUCUUUACCCGCCAAUGUUGAGGUCGUUGAAGUUGACUUGAUGGAUCAGACAUCAUUGGUCGAGAAACUCAAGGAUAUCGAUAUCGUCAUUUGCCUUGUUGGACAUGGCGGCGUCCCCCUUGAGCAUCACUUCGUUGAGGCAAUCCCGAAAACACAAGUCAAACUAUUCGUUCCCUCUGAUCUAGCGGCCAGAUACGACGCACAAGGCAACAGUAUCCCUGUGAAUCGGCAUAAGUCCGAGGUUGAGAAGGCAGCUCGUGAAGCUGGAAUCCCUACUACGGUCGUUCUUCCCGGAAAUUUUGCAGAGUUCGCUUUGACCACACCGGCAAUGGGCGUCGACUAUCAAGACAACAGAAUUCAAUUCAUCGGUGACAGUGCUUCGGAGCCCCUGAAUCUUUGCACCCGCCCUUAUGUGGCAGCAGCUUACGCACGUAUCUUCGCUUCAACGCCUAUCAGUCAGCUACAAGGUCGAGACUUAGCAUUGUCUGAACUGAGACCUACUGGUAAUGAGAUCGCCGAAGCCUUUGCACGUAAGUUUAAUGCGGCUCCCAUCACAAAGCAUGAAAGCAAAGAGCACAUUGUUCAAGCAUUGAAUGAGGCAAUUGAAACGAGCAACCCAUUUGCCCUCGCACUAUACUGCCGAAAGAUAUGGGCAACUGGAGAGCAGGCGAAAAUGAUUGGUGAAGAUAUCUGGGACGUUGAAGAUUAUUCCAAGGCGACCCUGUCUAGCCUGAUCGUUGAAGGCAACCUCAAGCCAUACCGAUCGCUGCCUGAGGAAGUGAGAGCUUAUUUCACGGGUCUAUUCGACCAAUGUGAAUGA